ACUGUGAAUCAGCUGCCGAGUGCUAAUAGUUAGUGUAAUCCAACUGAGAUAACCAGCUAUUUCUAUAUCUGAUCAUGCAUCUGUGCAUCAGUAAGAUUUGGGACACUGAGCUGGAUAAGUCGAAAUGGAUGCACUUUUGAAAAUUGUCUUGUUGAUCAGUUUAUACUUCAUUGCCAUAAGCCUGCACUUGGGUUUGUGUGACGAUGUUCCUUCCGCCGAGGCAGACACAGUGGUAACUGAAAGUGAAGAGCACUACACCGCAUCCGAUGACUUCGACUAUUAGGGGUUAGAUAAGCCCUAUUAAGCCCAAUCAUGAGUAAAUAAAUUGACAAUCUUUCAGCAGACAGCUUUUAAAUUGACAAGUUUCAGCGGUAGAAAAAUUACAUCUAUAAAAUACACUUCGGAGUUACUGGAACAUUUAAAUUAUUUGUUACAUUAUUUGUUAUUUGUUAUUUGUUUCACUGUCAUAAAAUAUGUCUUAUCUUUGUGAAAUUUAUUCCCAAAGUAUUUGCAAGUCAAUUACUUAUCAGUUGGUUUAUCUAUUUUCAUAUCAUAAAUUCAGUGUCACUCGAUAAUAUGCUCAGCUCACAUUGAAAAGUGUUGCAAUAUUUCAAAAGAUAUAUGAAA